UUGAUGGACGACGCGAUGGAGGAAGCGGCGCUGGUGCCUCCUUGGAAGACGUGCGUCGUUCUCUCCAUGUCUUAUUUCUUUAUUUAUACUGCAUUCGAGAGCAUACAAAACCUUCAGGUGAGUUGACACGUUAUUGCUCCGAUGAUUUUUAUAUCAAAUUACAUCUUCAAUUACAAAGGUUGUCGGUGGGGGUGGGGGGGGAAGUUGGUUUGGGGGGGGGGGGUUUUGCUUAAGGGUAAAAAAAUGUGUUCAUUCCGUCCUGAUUCUGAGUUAGUGUCAAGUAUAGAGUAAAUUUCGAACUAAAACUUAGUGAUAGUGUAACGUAUAGAGUUAGUGUUAAGUAUAGAGUAAAUUCCGAACUAAAACUUAGUAAUAGUGUAACGUAUAGAGUUAGUGUCAAGUAUAGAGUAAAUUCUGAACUAAAACUUAGUAACAGUGUAACGUAUAGAGUUAGUCUCUAGAAUAGAUUUCAUUCCGUCCUAACACUGAGUUGUAACUUUGAUAUUUUUAUUUUGUUUUUUGUUGUUGUUUUUUUUUUGUAGUUGCGGCUAAAAGAAUAAAUUCGGAUCCAUGUAACAAAAUUUAAAUUCGGUUGGUUUCAUUUAUUUAUAGUGGACUCUAACAAUAAGUUGGAUUUGAACUUGCUCUUAAACUUGCUCAAUCAGUCACAUAAGUUACAUGUGAUAUGUCUUUUUACAUCGUAUACAUUUUUUGUUAAUUAAAAAAAAAUAAAACAACCUAUCUGGAAAAAACUGUUUGAUUCUCACCGUUUCCUUAUAUAUAUGUAUUCUUCUUUAUUUUUUUUAUUUUUUUUUGUAGAGUAGCCUCAACCAUGAAGAUGGAUUGGGGGUAGCGUCCCUUGCGAUUACUUAUUCCAGCAUGAUGAUUGGUACCUUCAUCGGACCAGUCAGCGUCAGAGCGGUCGGGCCCAAGAACCUCAUCCUCGUCGGCUUCUUCUUCCACCUGCUCUACAUUCUCGCCAACUUCAGACCCAGCUACGCCACGCUGGUCCCUUCCUCGAUUCUCCUCGGCUUCGGCAUCAGCGGCCUCGCGAUGUCCAUGGGGCUGUACCUGACCGCAUCCAGCAAGAGCUUCCUGUUCUACAGCGCGCUGAGCACGUCCCGGCUCCACGGGGUUCUAAGCAUGUUCAACGGGUUCUUCUAUUCUUGUUUCACAGGCACCCACAUCUCGGGGAACUUCAUCUCAUCCAUGAUCUUAUUUUCUUCGUCUUACAACGAGACCAUUCUCGAGGACAAUGUUUGCGGCGCUGCCGUCUGCGCGGCUUCCGGAAACGCCACCGUCAUCGAUGACCCUGAUCAGAAGGUCGUGUUUACGCUGUUGGGGGUGUUCGCAGCGUUUAACCUCACUGGGACGGUGUUGACCGCCUUGUGUCUGCCCAGGCUUCACGUCGCCGCCUACCAGACGGACAGCCCGAAGCAUCAGAACGUGUGUGCCAACCUGAGUGGCUGCUGCAAGAAGUUUAUCUCCUGGAAGUUCGUCAUCCUGGCGCCCCUUUUCACUGCUCAGGCGAUGGCGGUGAUGACGAUGUACACGGGGUACACAAAGGUGAGCGAGUCAUGCGUGGGUUGUUUACAAGAUAAAUAA